AUGUGUGCCGCAUUACACUAUUUUGUAUUGAAUUUCAUGCUUGGAGUUGUUUUAACUUUCGCUUUGCCAUUCGAAGGUUUGUUUCCAGUGGAUUUGAUACAUUACAAUGAUUUCCAUGCGAGGUUCGAAGAGACAUCAGUUGAGACGCCAACUUGUCGAUUCAACAAUAAUUCCUGUAUUGGUGGACUGCCCAGACUUUUCCAGAAGAUAGAAGACUUACGAAAGGAGAAACCUGAUUCAAUCUUACUGAACGCCGGAGACAGCUUUCAGGGGACGUAUUGGUAUACUCUUCUUAAAUGGAAUGUAACCCAAGAGUUUAUGAAUCUUCUGCCCCACGACGCUCAUGCCAUCGGAAACCAUGAGUUCGACGACGGGCCACAAGGUUUGGCUCCAUAUCUUAAAGCUCUCAAAGCACCAGUACUUGCUGCCAACAUGGAUGCUAGUAAGGAACCAAUUUUACAAGGCCUAUAUAGAGGUCAUGUCAUUAUAGAACGAAGAAAAAGAAGAAUUGGUCUCAUUGGAUUAAUUACUCCUGAUACAAAAAUAUUAUCAUCUGCUGGCAAUGUUGAAUUCACUGAUCCCGGCGAAGCGAUGAGAAGAGAAGCUAAGUUACUGAAUGAGAAAGGAGUAGACAUCAUCAUUGUACUCUCACAUUGUGGUCUUGAAGUUGAUAAGACAUUAGCACGCGAUUACGGCAAAUACGUUGACAUAAUAGUGGGUGGUCAUUCCCACUCUUUACUAUGGAAUGGUCCCUCUCCUAGCGGGGAGGACGUUGCCGGUCCGUAUCCUGUAUUUGUUCAAUCUACUACCACGACUAAACAUAAGGUUCUAAUAGUGCAAGCAUCGGCGUUCACCAAAUAUAUGGGUAACUUGACAGUGUACUUCAAUUAUAGAGGUGACUACGUUAAAUGGGAGGGAGGACCGAUUUUCCUUGACAGAUCCUUACCGGAAGAUAAAGAGAUAAAAGCAAAGCUAGCGCCUUACGCCGCCAUGGUACAUGCAGCUGAAAAGGAGGUAGUCGGCGAAACUUCUAGAACACUCCACUUUGAAGAGUGUGUGUCUGGGGAAUGCGCUUUGGGAGAUCUAUUGGUUGAUGCAAUGACAGAAUAUGUAAGAUUUUCAAAUAUGAUUCAUACAGAAACAAACGGCAUAUCUAUGUCUUAA